AUGCCCUCGCAGGUUGUCAACGUGGCCCGCUACUCGGCGUUGGUGGGCGGGAUCGGCUAUGGGAUCCUGCACCGCCGGACGCUCCAGAAGCGGCACGACGUCCGCGUCGCCGAGGAGGAGCGGAAGCACCAGUUGCACCUGCUCGAGGAGCAGCGGAAGCGGGCGGACCAGGAGCUGCUCAACAGGAUCCGAUCAGGAGGAAAGGACAGCGGCGUCAUCAGCGAUCCAGAGAACCCGCAAUUCGACCUUGAAAAGUGGCUGCUGUCGCUCGAAAAGUAG